AUGGCGGCCUUCUGUUUGUAGCACACUGUGCUAAGGUUGUUUUUGGUUUGAAAGGCUAAUAUAAGGAAAUUAAAAACGGCAAAAAUGCUCAGCCUAACAUUGAAGGAGGUAUCCCUGGCAUUCAGGGAAAGCAGAAUCUCCCCUACAGAGCUCUGUAAAAAGUGUCUGAAUCGCAUCAAGAAGACCCAGCAUCUUAACGCUUUCAUCACUGUGACUGAGGAGCUGUCUCUGAAACAAGCUCAACAGUCCGAAAUCAGACUGAGCCAAGGUGUCCCCAAAGGUCCCCUGGAUGGAAUCCCCUUCGCAGUCAAGGACAAUUUUUGCACUGAGAAUGUCAAGACGACGUGUGCCUCUAGAAUGCUUAAAGAUUACACCCCACCAUACAACGCUACAGUGGUACAGAAACUCUUGGACCAAGGGGCGGUUCUGAUGGGGAAGACAAACAUGGAUGAGUUUGCCAUGGGUUCAGGCAGUAUUGACGGGACUUUUGGUCCAGUCAAGAACCCAUGGAGUUACGCUGCUCCCUACAGAGCUCACACAGCGGCAUCGCCUGACUCUGACUGGGUCGUCACCGGAGGAAGUUCAGGCGGAAGUGCUGCAGCUGUGGCCUCACUUACCAGCUACCUGGCUCUGGGUUCAGACACAGGCGGUUCUACUCGCAAUCCGGGAUCGUUGUGUGGCGUCGUGGCACUGAAGCCUUCUUACGGACUUCUGUCGAGACACGGCCUCAUCCCUUUGGUCAAUUCCAUGGAUGUCCCUGGAAUAAUCACACGCAGUGUCAAUGAUGUCGCCACCGUCUUAGGUGUCCUCCAAGGCCUUGAUAUUAGGGACUCGACCACAGUUCCUGCUCCGACGUCACUAACAGACCUUCCUGAAGAUUUUGAUGUCAAGAACAUCUGUGUAGGCAUCCCUAAGGAGUACCACGCCCCUGGCCUGUCCGAGGAAACUCUAGCUCAGUGGAGUCGUGUAGCAGAUUUGUUUGAGAGAGCAGGAGCCCGAGUGGAGCAAGUUUCCCUCCCACACACCCAGUACUCCAUCGUGUGCUACCAUGUCCUGUGCUGUGCUGAGGUGGCGUCCAACAUGGCCCGCUUUGAUGGGCUGGAAUACGGCCACCGGAGCAACAUAGACAAGUCAACUGAGGUCAUGUAUGCCUCGACUCGCCACGAGGGCUUCAACGAUGUGGUCAGAGGGAGGAUACUUUCCGGCAACUACUUCCUACUUAAACAGAACUACCAGCACUACUUUGUGAAGGCCCAGAAAGUGCGCCGGCUAAUAGCAGACGAUUUCAGGCGAGCGUUCGCGUCAGGUGUCGACGUGCUGCUGACACCUACUACGCUGACUGAUGCAGCCCGUUACCACGCGUUUACACAGGAAGACAACCGCACCCGCUGCGCAGAAGAAGAUGUCUUCACCCAGCCUGCUAACCUAGCAGGUCUUCCUGCUGUGUCUGUGCCAGUUGCGUUGUCAAGACGGGGCCUUCCUAUUGGCUUACAGCUGGUAGGUCCAGCCCUGGAGGACAAAAAGCUGCUUUGUGUCGCUCGAUGGAUCGAACAGAGGGUUGGCUUUCCCUCCAUCAGUGACUGUGGUGACUUGUGCAGAGGUGACACAGGAGUGAGCAUGAGGGAGCAGACUUCUGCUGUCUGAAGAGUUCUGUUGACACCGCCACAAUAAACACACUCAUAGUUCCUGCUCAGGUGUCUGUGUAAGAUAUUUAAUGUGGGGCAAUCUUUAUCAGUCCUUGAUKACAUGAACAUGAUUACACCAUGCCAAAACCUCACAACUACAAAAAAUAAUAAUAUUGCAGAAGAGUGUGUAACGACAUGUUGCAUCACAUCCUUCUUAGAGACAUUCUGUCUCUUUUUUACAAGUUGAUGCAAUUGUAAUAAAACGUGGCAUUUCUGAAGG